GGAUGUUAGUUAUUUCUCUGUUGCAAAGCCAUUUUCGUCCUCAAAUAUACCUUUUCUUGCGAAUUUCUCCCUGGUUCGCGUUCGGCGUAAAAGGACAUAAUGAAUCUGGAACGCAUUCCCAAUGAGGAGAAAUUAAGUCUUUGUAGGAAAUACUAUCUGGGUGGUUUUGCAUUUCUUCCUUUCCUGUGGCUGGUUAAUGUAGUGUGGUUCUUCAAAGAGGCCUUUGUAAAGCCUGCAUACACAGAACAGCCACAGAUCAAAACAUAUGUCAAGAGGUCUGCGCUGGGGUUAUUGCUAUGGGUAGCUGUGCUGACAACAUGGAUUUCCAUUUUUCAGCAUUUCAGAGCCCAGUGGGGAGAGGUAGCUGACUACCUCUCCUUCACCAUUCCCCUUGGCAUGCCAUGAAGAGAUUCAGCUACCUAUACAACAACCUUCUGUUUUCCUUUUCUCUUCUCCUAAUGCUAUAUUAUAGAUAUUUUAUGGAUUAGGCAAUGUUAUAUACUUUAUAAGAACGUUUUUGGGGGACAUUGGUAAUCAUGAUUGUGGUAUGGGAUUGAAGUAACUUGAUCUGGCGAGUUUUUUUUACCUCAUAAAUAAUGUAUUGAGAAAUAAACACAGGAUGUAUCAUGUU